GGAGAAACUAGCUUGUUCUAGGAAACAUACCAGAAAUUAGCAUUAUUGGGGAUAGCUGUUUUCAUCUCUCUUUGGUCAUAUUUGACGCAACUAUUUGGAUUUGUAUUCAGAAGAAAGUUGUGUGUUUGCUCAUUAAGUCUUGGUGAAAGUUCCAGAAUUCUAUACAUGGAUUACUCUUCUUGGGUGGAUACUUCUUUGGAUCUUAAUUCCAACCCUCGUCGCCUUCAGCCGGUACACGGGAAUUCAACGUCCUCUCAAACACAAAAGAUGGAAGUCCAUAGCAGUUUGAUUGAGUUUGAAAGGAAAAGCACGUCUCCAGCCAAACAAGAGACUGCUGAAUUAGUAGAAGAACUUAACCGGGUAAGCGAGGAAAACAAGAAGCUGACUGAGAUGCUAAGGACCAUGUGUGAAAAUUACAAUGCUUUGAGGAGCCAGUUGAUGGACUACAUGAACAAGAAUCCAGAAAAGGAGCUUAGCCCUUCAAAGAAAAGGAAGUCUGAGAGCAGCAACAACAAUGACCAAAACCAUGGAAUCAUGGGAAAUUCCGAGAGCAGUUCCACUGACGAGGAAUCAUGCAAGAAACCCAGAUCCGAAGAAGUUGUCAAGGCCAAGAUUUCGAGAAUUGCUGUCAGGACUGAACCUUCUGAUACCAGCCUGAUUGUGAAGGAUGGAUAUCAGUGGAGGAAAUAUGGGCAGAAGGUCACUAGAGACAAUCCUUGUCCAAGAGCUUACUUCAAAUGCUCUUUUGCUCCAAGCUGCCCUGUUAAGAAGAAGGUGCAGCGCAGUGUUGAGGACCAAUGUGUUGUGGUAGCAACAUAUGAAGGGGAACACAACCAUAUACCGCCUUCUCAGAUGGAGGCGAAUUCGAGCUCAAGCCGAGGGGGCAUAAGUACUCUUGGUGCAGCCUCGCUCAGCCCAGCCGGACCAACCAUUACUCUAGACCUGACCAAGCCUAACCAUGGUGAUGAUGAAACCAAGAAACCAAGAAUGGAUUCACCAGAAGUCAAACAGUAUUUGGUGGAACAAAUGGCUUCUUCCUUGACAAGAGAUCCCAACUUCACAGCGGCACUGGCAGCCGCCAUUUCAGGAAGAAUUUUUCCAACAAAAUUCAAGUGAAUUAGUUAAAAAACCGAGAUAGAGAAAAUGCGUAUUCCCUUUCUUGGUGCUUUUCUUUUUCAAGUUUAGUGCUGGGCAGAUGGAAAAAAGGAAAGGGUUCCAACUUCCAACUGAGCAUUUUUAGUUCAUUAGUCUGUAGUAGUGUUAUGAACUUAGAUUAAUAUUUUGUAAAUACAAGAUCAAUUAGAAAAAAAAAAUGAAAAAGAGGAACUUCGAAACUGGGAUUUUAAAUUGUUCUUGUUCAAGGGAUUGAAUGCAACCACUGGAUUUUGAAUCUUGGAUUCUUGCAAAAUACAAAAUCAAGGUUUCC